GUCACAAAUCCCUCAAAUACUAGACUCUUCAUACCCAACACACUGCAACAGUACUGUAAACAAACAACAUGGAGCAUUUUUAUCUCUCCCUUCUCCUCCUCUUCGUUUCCCUCGUCUCCCUCUCCUUCUUCGUCCUCUUCUACAAACACAGAUCUCAAUUCACCGGCCUGAACCUUCCCCCGGGCAAGACUGGCUAUCCGGUGAUCGGUGAGAGCCUCGAGUUCUUGUCCACCGGAUGGAAAGGACACCCGGAGAAGUUCAUCUUCGAUAGGAUGACCAAGUUCUCCUCCGAAGUCUUCAAAACCUCCCUUCUUGGGCAGCCGGCUGCAGUCUUUGCCGGUGCAGCAUGUAACAAGUUCUUGUUCUCCAACGAGAACAAGCUUGUCAUUUCUUGGUGGCCCGACUCAGUUAACAAAGUGUUCCCUAGUUCUACACAAACCAGCUCUAAAGAAGAGGCGAAGAAGAUGAGAAAGCUGCUUCCCAGUUUCCUUAAGCCCGAAGCUUUACAAAGGUACAUCGGUAUCAUGGACACAAUUGCUGCAAGACACUUUGCUGAUGGUUGGGAAAACAAGAAGGAAGUUGUUGUAUUCCCUCUCGCAAAAAGCUAUACAUUCUGGGUGGCUUCCCGCGUGUUCAUGAGUGUUGAAGAUCCCGAACAUAUAGCAAAAUUUUCCGAACCAUUCCAGGUGCUGGCGUCGGGGCUCAUAUCAAUUCCCAUUGACUUGCCAGGGACACCAUUCAACCGCGCAAUCAAAGCCUCAGACUUUAUUAGGAAGGAGCUCCAUAAGAUCAUUAAGCAGAGAAAGGUUGAUUUGGCGGAGGGGAAAGCAACUCCAACACAAGACAUAUUGUCUCACAUGCUUUUGACCUGCGACGAGAAUGGACAGUAUAUGGGUGAACUCGACAUUGCCGACAAGAUUCUCGGUUUGCUCAUCGGUGGACACGACACAGCCAGUGCUGCCUGCACCUUCAUUGUCAAGUAUCUUUCGGAGCUUCCUGAUAUUUAUGAGGGAGUUUACAAAGAGCAAAUGGAAAUAGCCAAGUCAAAGGCGCCAGGGGAGUUAUUGAACUGGGAUGAUAUUCAAAAGAUGAAAUACUCAUGGAACGUGGCUUGUGAAGUGUUGAGACUUGCCCCACCCCUACAAGGAGCUUUCCGGGAAGCCCUUACUGACUUCGUCUUCAAUGGUUUCUCCAUUCCAAAGGGCUGGAAGCUGUACUGGAGUGCAAACUCAACGCAUAAAAGUGCUGAAUACUUCCCUGAACCUCAGAAAUUUGACCCGACUAGAUUUGAAGGAAAUGGACCUGCUCCUUACACAUUUGUUCCAUUUGGUGGAGGACCAAGAAUGUGCCCUGGAAAAGAAUAUGCCCGUUUGGAAAUACUUGUUUUCAUGCACCACGUAGUGAAAAGGUUCAAGUGGGAGAAAAUGAUCCCUGACGAGAAAAUUGUAGUUGACCCCAUGCCCAUGCCUGCAAAGGGUCUGCCCGUUCGCCUUUUCCCUCACAAAGCUUGAGUAGUCUGUCGGUACUCGGUCGGGUCAAGCUCAACUCGAUCAUCAAAAUCCUUGUUAAUUUAUUAUAAGGCUGUUUUCUUCCUAAACUCCUCAUCAUGUGCGAGAAUCUCUUUAAGUUUCUAUAUAUAUAUAUAUAUAUCAAGGUCCAUUUGUUUUUUCACCUUCUUGUGUCGAGGGUUCCUCAUGUCUUGUUGUGUUUAAUGCAUAUGUAAUAGCUUAUUCCGCUUGAUGUAUCAAAGACAUACAUAUAUAUAUAUAUAACAAAAUGUAUACCAGAGAUCUUCGCUUA